AAGAAGAAUAUAACAUCCAAGAUGGUGGCCACCAGGAGCGGAGUCUGUUCGGACUCUUCCAGUGAAAUAAACCAGAAGAUGCAAUCUUCGGUUCAGGCCACUCCUUCCACUGGCCGAAAAACUCGGAGCGCAGCUAAACAAGUAGGUCAAGUCCAGACGACCCUGGAAGAGACCCGUGGGCAUCUCUCGGUAACUCCUGCCACCUCCACUAACAAAAGAUGCACCAGAGCUUUGAGGGUCCACAGUCCAGAGCUUCCCUCCACACCUGUGGGCUCUGUCCAUGAAGCAGACACAUCAGACGGGGGGUCGGUUUGCUCGGCAGUCUCUACAACCGCACCCCCAGUCACACGCUCCAUGAGGAGAAGCAGACAAGCUGGAAAUCAGGAAAAUGAAGAGACGUCUGAGGUGGAGUCGUGCUCCUUUCUUGUAUCUACAUCCAAAUCUGGCCUCAGAAGCAGCUUGAGAAGAAAAACUGCCCCUAAAAGUUCUGAUUCAGCUCAGGCUGCGGCGGGAGACGUCAAACCCGACCUCGUGCCCGAAGCAGAGUCCUGCAGCUCUGCGAUGUCUGAAUCCCAGAGAGUUGCAACAGGUAAGAGAAAACCUCCUGGUGCCAGAUCGUCUGCCAAACGGCAGCUUGUAGAAUCUGAGGUCUCAGACUCUGACAGCUGCGCCUCCAGCAUCAUAAGACGAGUGUCCAGAAGAAAACCGUGUCCAAUUCCCAUUCUCUUAGACGAGCUGUCAGAAAGCUCUCAGACAGGUCAGCAGACCAGGUCCACACGAAGGAAAGCAGCAGCCACCGUAGAUGUCUCCGAGCCCCCGGUUUGUGAUUCUGACGGCUUUGAGUCUGGACCCACUUACAGUUUAAGCACUCGUGGAAAAGCCAAAACACAGUCAGAGGGUCCAAAAACUGAGGAUUCAGAAUCUGAGGUGAUGGGAGACAGUUCCUCAGUGGGCAGCCCACAGAGCAGAGGAACCCCCAGCAGCAGCCGUGCAAACUCAGGGACCAGCAACCGAGUGGAUCCGGCCCCCAGGCGCUCAGCCAGGAAACGUGGUGGCAACGCAGAAAAUGCUGUAGAAUCAGCUGAGGUCAGUUUGCUGAACGACUCCAGGUUAGAAAGCACCAUGACCGCAGAUGAUGCAGACUGCACCCUGCUGGAGGACCACAUGCAGACACCUGAAGGUGUGAAGCAAACUGCUGUGGGUUCCAGUGAAGCAGAUACAAAACCAGAAAACAAGGACGCAACGAACAUCUCUGAAGCUGAUCCUCACGUGGCGCUCUCUGCAGUUUGUGCUGAAGAAGCAGAUGGAGAAUGUGCAAUGACCAGCGAAGACCAGGAGGAGGCGCUGUCUGCUGAAGUUAAAGACGAGGACGUCUCAGACGUAACGAUGCAGGAAACUGUUAGCACGUUGAGAACAGACACUCAGCCGGCGGCUGAAGAUGCUGCUGUCCAGAGUGCAAAAUAUAUCAGCCUGCUGGACAGCAGUGAUGAUGACGACGAUGAUGAUGAGGAGCUGUUUAACGAGGAGAAAGAAGAAGAGAGACAAGGAGGACCUUCCAACAUGUCUGCUGCAUCAGUUGAAGGCCUGUUUAUGAUUGACAAGCGGCCUGGACAGGACGCUGAUGAACAGUACUACAGAGAGGAAGAGGAGGCCACGAACAAAACACUUCAUCAGGAGGAGGAAGAUGAGGAGUUUGUUGAUGAAGAGGAGGAUGACGAUGAUGACGAGAGCUCAAAAAUCCUUUCAUCAUGCAGAAGUUUCCAAGUGAAAGAGUUGUCCAGCCGUAUUGACCCCGGCAUCAGAGUGAAGGAGCUCGGGGGGUUGUACAUCAGUUUUGAUGGCAGCAAAUCAAAACCCGUCUCCAGUUCAUCGCAAAAGCUAAAGGAGAAGAAGAACCUAGAUGAGGUGAUGAAGAAGAGUGUGAUUGGACCAGACUUUGAGAAGAAGGACGCAGUGCCUCAUUGCAGUGAAUCCAAACAAGCCUUGAAGCUCAAACGCAGAGCCGAGCGGGAGAAAUCAACAGGAAGUGGUUGGUUUGAUAUGAAGGCCCCAGAGCUCACUCAGGAGCUGAAAGGAGACCUCAAAAUCCUGAAGAUGAGAGGCUCCCUGGAUCCGAAGAGGUUCUACAAAAAGAACGACAGAGAUGGGUUUCCCAAAUAUUUCCAGAUCGGCACAGUGGUGGACAACCCAGCCGACUUCUACCAUUCCCACGUUCCCAAGAAGGAGAGGAAGAGAACCAUGGUGGAGGAGCUGCUGGCUGACGCCGAGUUCAGACGGAAAAACAAAAAGAGGUACCAGAUGGUAAUGGCAGAGAAAGCAGCACAAGGAGCUGGCAGGAGGAACAAGAAGAAAUUCCAGAAGAAGUUGAAGAUAUAAUGAACACCGACUUGGAGGCUUUUCAUAAAUACUCUUAUCUGAAGGCGCUAAAACAGACUAGCAGUGAUCAGACUGCAUCAUUUUUAAUUCAAAUCACAGGCCUGAAUAUUCAGAUUUAACUGCUCUUUGAAGUAUUGUUUCUAUGUCCACCUGAAACCUGUUGUGCAACAAAAUCGUACAAUACGAAACAUUUUUAUCUGUUUGGGGAAAUGCAUUAGGAAUAUUUGAUUUUCACAUUAUGGUCCUUGAUCCAGUUGAAAAGUGGUCGUUUACAACAGUGUUUAGUGUCGUUCAGACAGAGUUCGGUCUCAGAACAUCUGGAAUGAACUCACUGUUGAAAUAAUCUGGCAGAAAUACACACUUCCACUUUGAUAAAAAUGGCAAACUUCAAACAAUUCUGCUUUUUAAUGGCAGUUUGUGUGUAAAUGUUUGCAUUUUUCUGGUGAAAUCUUUUUGUUUCCUGCUCUUUCAUUCAGGAUUCCUUUAGUUCCUCUU